AAAAAUGCGACUUCCCUAGCCGUAUUUACCGCUCGGUUAGCUGGCUUGUGUGCACUUUACACAUGUAUUUACGGUAUUUUCGACAACGCUUGAAGUUGGUGUCAGGUUUCUGUGAUAAAUGGUUCAAUCAAUAUGUUAUUUUUAUUUUUUUUUUUUAAACAUUUGGUGUAAAAAGUCGUCCCAGAGGAGGAACGACCUGCCUCGGUGACCGCCCCCCGUCGUCCGGCUACUCCAAAGUGCACCUUUUGAUGUGAAAGUUCACCGUGUUCGGGAAACUGACACCUCGCUUGCCUUGUUUUUUUGUUUUGUUUUGUUUUUUUGGUUUUAAUUUUACACCAGAUUUAUCCUAACCGAAAGUGUAGCGUGUGUAUUUGUUGUUUGGCGAAGAGUCCAUAGUAUAUGAAGGUGUUUUCUACGAAUUAAAAAGAAAAAUGAGUCGAACCGUUGACAGUAACGUUGCCGAGGAGAAGUCCGGGGCUUCCUCACAAGACCUCCAGCGAUCAGAACGGAUGAAAAUCAUUUAUGUCACCUACAUCAUCGCUGCCUUGGAUAUCACAUGGAUGUUUUUACAGUUUUCUGUCACCCCUUAUUUGGCCAGGAAGCUUGGCUUUGACACCUUGUGGUUUGGUUAUUUGCAAACCACAGUAGGUGUCAUUCAGCUGCUUGGGGGUCCUAUGUUUGGCAGGUUUGCAGAUCUCUUUGGGGCGCGAGCAGCCUUGUCUUUAUCCAGUUUUGCAUCUGUGGUUUUCUUUCUGCUGCUUGCAAUAGCAGAUAGUCCUGCCAUGCUGUUCAUCCACAAACUCCCUGCAGUCUUUAUGCAUGGCCUACCCGGGGUUCAGAUGGUCGUGGCAGACAUUUCAGAACCAGAAAAACGAGCAGAUGCUUUAUCCAAAAUCGGCCUUUGUUUUGGGAUUGGUAUGAUUGCUGGCUCCACCUUAGGUGGCACUCUCAACAAACAUUAUGGGGAGACCUUUGCUGCAUGUUUCGCUGCCUUUGGGAGUGCCAUCAGUUUAAUGUUGGUUGUAAAGUUUAUCCCAAAAAGCACUAAAGCACAAGCUCCAAGGAACAACACAGACAGUCACAGCAAAAGCAAGUCAGUAUUUGAUCUGGGGGAAAUCACAAGACUAAUGAAGUUCCCAGGUGUGCUGACAACGUUCCUCGUGAAGAUAAUCUCAGGGUUACCUCAAGGUGUCUUUCAGGUGAUGUUCUCCAUCAUUGCAAUGAAUUUCUUCAAGCUGCAGCCUGAACAGAAUGGGUAUCUGAUGGCUUACCUUGGCAUUUUACAAAUGGUCAUUCAAGGAGGAGUGAUUGGCCGGCUUACAGAGAGAUACUCUGAGAGAUCACUGCUUCUUCUGUCUAUUGCCCUCUCCUCUUUGGUGGGGCUGGCCCAGGCUUUCAUGCUCAAUGUGUUUCAGUUUUGCUUCAUAGUCAUCCCAAUGAUGUUUUCUCUCAGCGUGUUCAACGUCAUCACAGACAGUAUGCUCACCAAGAGUGUGCCUUCUUCUGACACUGGUACAAUGCUGGGUCUGUGUGCCUCUGUUCAGUCUCUGCUUCGUACCAUCGGACCAACUAUUGGCGGCUUCCUGUAUGAAAACUACGGAGUUCCCUCCUUUGGCCUAAUCCAGUUUGUUGUGAAUAUACUUGUGUUUAUUUACCUGCUUCAGCGUGGUUUCAAGAAGGAAGUUCUGCAGUCUGUGACGGAGGUUCACAAGGAAACCACUAGAUGACACCAAAUCCACCAUUUUGUCUGAUAAUAGUUAGGCCUUUUAUCUGUAAAUUCUUUGUGAUUGUGAAAUGCGUUUCAGAAUGCAUCAUUUACAUUACAGUUAUAGCAAAACUUCAUUUUGAUGCCCGAGAUAAGGCUUUUGCUGCAUAUCAGAUAUUGGCUAGUUAGUGUAGUCCUCCAAUAUAAUAGAGGUUCCUCCAUAACCGACCACUGCUCUGUCAGAGACACAUUCUACAGUUUUAAAUUAAAUUUUAUUUUCUGUUCACAUUUUAUUUAUUCACCUAAUUUCUUGUGAAAUAUUUUCUCAUUUAAAAGCCAGUUGUAUCCCAGAGUUUCUCUCACCGCUGAAUAUGUGAGGUUGAUCACCGUGCUUUAAACACCUGCUCAACCUAAAUAAAUGUUGUUAGUCAUGAGUUGACAGUUUUAGUGCCACAUUAUGGUCUGAAUACUGUGUCGGAGGCUUGUCCACCCUGACAAGAAUACAGUUCAAGGCGAAACACUGAAUACUUGUAUUUUGUGGGCAUAAAAUGGUCAGAUUUUAAGGUUUUGAAUACCAGCACAAAAUACCAACUGCUUCAGUACAAAAAUAUU